AGCAGGAAGAGCAUCCAGUUGUAGAAAAUCUGCCUCAACGAAUUACAUCUGGUCCAUGCUAGCAUGGAAAAGUAGAUGUUAAAAUGAUGAUAAUGGUGAUAAACAUGACAUAUUACUUUGCAAUCACAUCAUUCCAAGUUUAGUUCUGCCGUGCAGUUCCUUGGGAAAGUAUGAUGACUGGCCGGAAAAAAGUUGCCUUAUUACCCACUUCCAGGUGUGAUGGUGUAUUGCAGCCACAGCAGCAGCAUCAUCAUAAUCAUCACCAUCACCACCAUCAUCAUCACCAUCACCACCAUCAUCACCAGCAACAACAACUACAACAGCAGCUACCACAGCAGCACAAAAAAAUUGUCAUGACUCGGAAGAAUCUUGUUGCAUCCAAACAGUCUUCUAUGGAUUCUUCCCUCCUUCGGCCAAAGAGGAAUAUUCAAGUAAAAAAUUUGGAUGAUACAUCUGGAUUAUCAUGGAGAGAAGAACGAGAAUUAAAACGGGCUUUGUACGCGUCUCUGCAAGACAGUCGGCGUCAAAACCGCCAGCAGCACGAGCAGUGGCAAAACCAGAAGGAAAGUCCUGUUUUGUCAACUGCCAACAGAAAAACUAACCAAAGCAGUGGUAGAAGUAGUUGUAACAGCAACAGUUACCUUGAUUGCAACAGAUCGGCAACAGCAGUGCCAGUCUUAACCAACUCUACUUGCAAUAACUAUUCAUCUUCUCCUUCAUUCUGUCAGUCUAUUCAGAGCAGUAACUCCUCUACAACAUCGGCUGUUAGGAGUACUGUUGUCGAUGAGAACAGCAGAGACUCGAUGAAGCCUCUCCAUGCAGUUGGGACCCAUAUAAGGUCAGCCAACUUGGCAGCGACAGAUAUCAAGAGGACUAAAAUUCAUGCACAAAGAAAAUUUGCUCAGUGCUCACUUCCUUCUACUCCAAUUUCAACUCCAAAUAAAAGCAAAAUGUCUCCCCUUUGUUUGCCAAAAAGAGCUAAAACAGAAGAUUUCCUUACUUUUUUAUGUUUAAGAGGUAGUUCUGUCUUGCCAUCUCAUCUGGAUUUUUUCAACUAUUCAAGUAAAGAUUCUGCCUCAGUCUCCGGUGGAGAGAAUAGCCGUCCCCAAACACCAGCCAGUGUCAACUAUAAGCAUCAUAUCAGUUCAUCGCGUGCACAGACACGUGAGAGCUCUCCUCUUUCUACUGCAACAAGUACAAGUAGUAAUGAUGAUGUUACUGAUGUAAUGUCAUCUUUCCAUGUUGUUCGCUGUCUCCAGACGCCAAAUCGGAAAGCAGCACGUGCAAGUGCAAGCACUCCAGAAACUGCUAGAGGCUUAGCUACUAUGCAGCAACAGAAUUUGGUCAAAAAAGUUGCUGGAAAAUUGGGUGCCAAACUAGGCCUAAUUGACUCCAAAACACGCAUGACUCACAAUAGUUCCCCUUCCAAAAGAAAUGUCAAAUCCAGAAUUUCCCAACCAAAGACAACUAUGCGUAAUGGAGUACAUUCUAAUGAUCUCAGAACUAAAAAGCGUUCCCCUGGACGGCCUUCACUAAAGCAGAAGUUGCAAGACAGGGUGAACCAUGUUAAAACCUCAGUCCAUAUUGUUUCAGAAUCAAAGAAAAGAUCUGUUGUUGUGCGCAAUAGUAAAUCAAGUGUGUUACGAUCUCUUUCUAAGAACUCCAACAAUUCCUACUGCAAUAAUAACAGUGCUCAGUCCCAAAAACCAUUUUGCAAAACACAGACUCAUGGGAAAUCCUUGAGAACAUCUGUCAUUUCACAAAAAAGCCAUUCCAAUAGUGUUCUACCUGUGGUGCCUUUGAAGAAACUCUCUGAAAAUGUGCCUAAUCGACGAAAACAUAGAGGACGUAAUAAACUGCAGUCUAGUCAAAUUGAUAAACUGAAAAACAAAGUGCGAAAGCAGAGAAAUGCACAGGAUAACUUAUCCACUACAACUGAACCUCACUCUAGGAGCAGGACUCGUCGAGACACUGGUAACCCCAGUUCAAAUAGAAGGCAACGAGGACAGUAUGUUUUAGUACCAAGAUCACGGACUAUAGAGCCCCAGUCAAGGGUUCAGCCAUCCCGGUUUUCAAAACGCCUCUCUUUGUUGGCUCAACGAGCAGCUAUUGAUGUUGAAAACAAAGUUAAAUCAUCUGGUUUAAAAGGAUCCAAGACAGCUCAAGAAGAGUCUACUGUUGGCCCAUCUUCUACAUUACUGCCAUCUUCAGCAGUGCCUUUGCCAACCGUAACUUCUUCUGGUACACCUUCUCUCACACAGUUGACCAAUUCCACAAACACCUCAAAUCAUCACUUAGCAUCUUCGCACCAUUAUUCACAAUCACUCAAUCAAGUUUCACCCUCCAUAAAGGCAAUUAACUCUGGUAUUUCUGACAAAAAGAAACUCAAUAUUCUGAAAAUGAUGAAACUUAGAAUGCCCACAAGAGAGCAGCUGAAACUAGCUCGAAUCAUAGAAAAGCGACGUGGUAAGAAGAACUGCGUGGCUUCAGUGACUCCUGCAACAGACACAACUUCCAAAUCAUUACCACAGCUUUCAAAUGAAAAUCCUAAACCAAAAGAAAAUGUUCCUUCGUAUGAAAAGCGCCGUGGAAGACCACCUAUUGGGAAGAAAUCUGAACAAAGUUCUGAAGAAGAAGUUAAAUGUGAUUCUUUUCCAGAGGAAGGAGAACCAGCACAAAUUGUGGACAUUCCAAUUUUUUAUCCGUCAGAUGAAGAAUUUCAAGACCCCUUAGCCUACAUAGAAUCUGUCAAAACACAAGCCGAACCAUUUGGAAUGUGCAAAAUUGUACCCCCAGCUUCAUGGAAGCUUGAAAGCUGUAUUAAUGAAGAAAUGAGAUUUACAAGCCAAGUGCAAUAUAUACACAAAAUGUUAAAUCGAUGGGGUCCAAAUAUACAGCAGAUGGAAUGCAUAAAGAAACAUCUUUCCUCAGUUGGCAUUGAAUUGACUGAACCUCCACUGAUUGGUGGCAUAGAAUUAGAUUUAGCUCGUCUGUACCUGAGUGUCAAAGAGUAUGGAGGACUACAGAAUGUAAUGGAUAAGAAGAAAUGGAGCAAAGUAGCUGAUAUGGUUAAAAUUCCAAAACAAGCCCAGGAUCGGACUACAAAGCUCUACAAUGCUUACUGCAAAUAUCUGCUCUCUUAUGAAAUGCUUUCUGAAGAGGAAAAGACGAAAAUUUUGCAUCAAGUAACAGACGAACGUUUGCAACAACUACAGCAACGACAGAAUGGAAUGUCUCGGCAACACACAGAAGACACCAUAGAUUGUUGUGUUGCAAAGGGUAAAACAACUUCCAUCAAUGCCUUCCAAAGAGUGUCUCGGAAUGUACAGUCUAUGUGGUUUCGAGAUGAUCCAACUCCAGAACAAGUUGAAUCAGAUUACUGGAAAGUUGUUGAAGAAGCGUCAUCACAUGUUGUUGUCCAGUGUGGACAUAUUAACUCAGGGAACCAGGGAACAUUCUUUCCUUGCAAGAAAGAUAGCCCAUACACAAAACAUGGCUGGAACUUCAAUGUAUUAUCUCAAAAUCCUUUAUCAGUAUUAAGACAUUUGGGACCAAUACCUGGUGUUACACUGCCUGUGCUCCAUAUUGGAAUGUUAUUCACAACUUCAUGCUGGUCAACCAGCAGACACAGCUUGCCCUACAUCCAUUAUUUACAUACUGGGGCUGAUCUCAUUUGGUAUUCCAUUCCAAAGCAACUGAAGCAGAAUCUAAAAGCAGCAAUCAAAGAACUUGUUCCAGGUCAUGUGUGGGAUGAUGAUGGCUGGUUCAAAGAAGAUUUUAUUAUGAUGAAUCCUGAACUGUUGGUUAAAAAAGGAGUAUCUGUUGGCCGAAUUGUUCAGAAACAGCACCAGUUUGUAGUUGUAUUCCCAUUUACUUAUACGGCAUCUUUAAACUGUGGCUUCAGUAUCUCAGAAUCAUUGCCAUAUGCCACUCCAGAUUGGCUUCCACUUGGACAAGCUAUUGCUCAGGUUUUGCGCAAGAAUUGUUUAUGGCCAGAGAUGUUUUCUUUGGAUUCUUUGCUCCGACAUAUGGUGAAAACUGAGCCUGCUGUCUCUGAGGAAUUGUUAAUGCAAGCCAUUCCAUUUUUAAUAAAAGCCAUAGAACAUGAACUGUCAUUGAGGAAACAACUUUAUGAUGCCGGUCUGAAGAAUUCUGCACGAAUGAAUGCCCAUGAACCUUUAGUGUCCUCUUUCAAACGUAAGCGUGCCAAUGACGGAAGCAGUGAAAAUAGAUGUGAAGUCUACAAAAGAAUUUGCUACUUUUCCAUGGUUGUGAAUGAAGUAGAUGAAAGUUUGUAUUGUUUGGAUCAUGCACUUGCUCACAUCCAAAAGAAGAGAAACCUGAAAGCCUGUAAGCUUUAUUACAGAUUUUCUGAUGAAAAUCUGGAGGAACUUCUGAAAAUAGCUUCCAACCGGUUAUGCAUGAAGGAAACUAACAAUGCUAUUACUGAUCCUAGUCCGAAACGAAAAUCAGUGAAACGCCCAGAAUCAAAAAGCUGAAUACUGACCAGCCAGAUCUGUUGAACUUUAGACAGGAAGUCUGAUUAAUGGCGAAUAGUUAUUAUUGUAUGUUCAUUAUCUACUUGGCUUGUGAAUCAUACAAGAAGAUCUCUUUUGUUCAGUCAAGCUUUGAUUUUCAGAACUCUGCUGUGAUAUAAUUUGAAUUACUGAUGUUUAUGGAUGGGAGAAACAAACCAACCAGACUUAUACAUUAAUUCACUCAACAUUCACACCACUGUUCUCUCCUUCUCCCUCUUUACAUGUGCAUAUAUUCUGAGAUAGCUCGUAACAGAAAGAUACAUUCAACAUGGAAAUAAAUUCAUCUUGUGUAUUUCCUACAAAAAGCUAGGCGAAGAAAGACUUAAAAAAGAAAGAAGUUAAAUUUUUCAGUUGAAAGUACUGUCAAUCAUAAUUGUGUUUAUUUACAAAUUUUAAAAUAUGAUAAUGUCAACAUUUAAAAAAAAUUUUUUUUUUAAUAUUGAGUUUUAUUUAUUUGUUUCACAGGAAACAUAUGUCAGCAGCUACUGUCACGGGUCGUUGAGCAGUUUAUAUUUUUAUCAAAGUGAAGAAAAUAUUUAUUCUUCUGAUUUGAUAUGCAUCCAUUUAAUUUGAUAGUUUUUUUUCAGUUUUCACUAAUUAGAUUGAAAAUUUUUUUUUGUUCAUAUUUAUGUCACAACAAGCUGUUAGACUUAAUGAAUUCUUCAUCCUUACAUUAUUCCAUCACUGUACCUAGUAUUUUUUUUAAUUGAUUUCAAAGCAUAUUUAUUGAACUUCAUAUGUAGACAUUUGACAGAAAUGGUUUACAUCAAAAUAAAAAAAAAAGGAAAAGAAAAAUGAAGAAAAUUUAUGGUGUAUCCUUUGUAAUCACUUGCUAUUUUUGUUGUAGUUCUCUUGAACUAAAACUGUGCCUUGCAGUAAACAUCAUUCCUCUGCAUUUAUAUCACACCAUUAAUGCUCAGUUGGGAAGUUUUUGAAGGAAAUGAUUGUACUAUAUUUAUAUAUUUCCCAGUAAGUUUAGUGUAAUGUUCAAAGUAUACUUUCCUCUUCUCUUUAUUACUCAAUAGGUUUAUAAUCAACAGUAGUUAAGCCUAGGUUACUGAUUCUAUAGGGUAUUGAGUUAACAUCUUGACACCACUAAGCGAAGUAUAUUUCCUUAUUUGUCUCGAAAAUACUUAACAUUCCCAUUUUACUAUUUAGUAGCUGAAUUUGCAUAAUCUAUAAUAGCAGAGAUAAAUGGUUGCUUUUCUGUUUGUCAGGUUUACUUUUUUAAUCCUUCACUGUUCCUAGAAGAUGUAAAAGGGAGUGGGGCUAGAGUUUAUCCUAAUCUUUAAGAAGCUUAAAGCACUUGGGAGACAUCUUCUGAAAGGACUCUCUCUGUAACAGAAUUCCAAUCUAAUGGACCUAGGAUUUCAAGCUAACAAAAUGUCCACAGGUUAUUCAGUGCUUCUACUAUGUAUUGGAAGUGCAGUAUACUGCCUUUCGAUGACUGUUUACAUUCAAGUGGACUGACUCUUGGUGAUGACAAGACGCAGAAUAAAACAAUGCCAGUAAUGAGAUGUGAACCAUUGACCCUUUAUUUAAAGAGUCAACAUCUUAAGGAGGAUUUUGGCCAGAAGCAACUGUUUGACAAUUGAGCAUAAACUAAAACAUAAUCAUGCUAACAACAAGCAUGCAAAUAAGCAGGAAUACAUUAUAGUGAAAAAUUGUUUUUAAGUAUUAUUUAAAAAUUCAGAGCAUAAUUUAACCCAUUAGCAUUUAAAUUGAUCAUAUUCGGCCCAAAUAUUCUAACAGUUUUCUGUUCAAAUUGGCCACUUCUGACCUGUCACACCUACCCUACAAUGUCAUUCUAAAGAUAAAGAAUGACAUCAAAAUCACAAAACUAUGAGAUAAUGCGUGAUUAAUUGAAAACAAUGUGAAUAAAUAAGCAUCAUAUUUGACAGUAAUCUGAAUGCUAAAGGGUUAAGAAAGGAAUUUUUUGAGAGAGAGAGAGAGAGAGAGAGAGAAAGAAUGAAAUUAAAUUUUUGAGUAAAAUAAUAUUGGUUCCUUAAGUUUACAUUCAUGGAAUUGUUCUUUUUCUUUUUCCAAAUUUAAAAUAUUUGAAUAUAAUCUUUUAAACAAAAUAUUAAAUAAAGUGUUACAUUUAAGUAGUGAGAUGCUUUUACUCUCACUGUUCAUUAAUUUAGUUGCUAUCAAGGCCAGCUCAUUGUACAACAGACUCUGGCAAUUAUUUCAGAGCACAAAAUACUAACAAGUAGCAUCCUUUUAUCUGAUUAACCCUUUUGAUAUCAAAUUCAUUGAGACCACCUCUGAUUCAAUGGUAUAAAAUUUCUUGUUUUAAAUUGUUCAUAUUUAAAGUAAAACCUUCCAUCAUUAUCUUAAAUCAGCAAUUUCUGUUAUGUCAUGUUCGAAAUACCAGCUUAAUAAUAAUGAUAAUAUCAAAAUUAAUUGAUACAUGUGGACUACGUAUUUUAUGAGAAAUAUGUCCUGGAAAUGUUAAACCGUCAAAAUACAAAAAACAAUAUAAAAAAGGAAUUUUUAAUCAUGUUCAAAAGUUCUAAAAAAACAUAUUGUAAAACUUUUCAACAUUCUUUCUGUCUCUGUCUCUCACUCCCUCAGUAAACAUUGUGUCAGAGUGACAGUUCUAAUACACCAAACUUUGCGAUAUAGGGGCACCAGAGCUUAGCUUGAAUGGGGCAUCAGGAAUUUUAGAGCCAGCCUUGGUGUCUAUAAUCACAGAUAUAGUUAUAUCAGGAUUAUAAAACAACAGUUUUUAUUAUUUAUUUAAUUUUGUUUGUUGGUUUCUUUUCAACUUUUUUGUCUUUUGUAUUUUUUUAACAAUCAUUUUUAUUUCACUGUUAAUUUGGAUCAGCACUCACUAUUUAUAAUAUCAAUCAUUUUUUUAAAAAUUCUUACUGAUGGUCUUUCUUCAUUUGCCACCAUUAGAGAUUUGAUUUAUUAAAGAACCUUAAUUUAUUUUUUUUUGUAACAUAUAUAAAUGAAGUGAUCUCCUUUUCAAUAUUUUUUUGUUAUUGAAUUUUGAAACACUUUUUUUAUUUUGAAAGUGGAAAUCUUUUGGCUUUAAUUCAUCUUUUUUUUUUUUUUUUAACAUAAUAAUUAUGAUCUUCACUAAAAUGCUGAGUAUAAAAUGAUAAAUUUCAUUUGAAGAAGAUAUCUGGAGAACAUUUAGCUUUUCAGCUGAAUUAAAAAUUGUUUGUUUUUUUUAACCUGGUGGUUAUGUUCUUUCAUCUAAUUGCAUUUUUUGAAUAACAUUCAGAUAUCUAAAAUAAAAAUCUGUUUUAUUUAUAGAUUGUAUGAUCUGCAACAGCCAACUGAGUACAAACCAUCAGCUAUUUUAGAUUAACACUCUAUGAGCUUUUAUCUCAUCACAAUCAACCUGAUCCUUGAGAAAGGCAUUUUACCUUACUUGUGCGCAACCAAGUUGUAAAGGUACUAAGUGAUUAUGGACAAGGUUGUUAAGUAAACAGCUCUACCAGUUUGCAAUAAAUGCUUUAUCUCAGGUCAGAUUAGGUUUGUAAUGCUGCUGUAAAAUAAGCCCUAACAAUGUCCCUUUGUUUCCCAAUUUGAAACUCUCAUUCUCCUGUCUGCUAUGGUGUUGAAUCUGCAGAAUGGGGACUUUCAGUUUAGGAAAAUGGAACUUUCUUUUAUUUAAAAUUUUUUUGUUUGUUUUGAUAACCAGUUCAAAGUUCUACUGGCUAGCCUAUGAUUUAUUCUCCAGUGAGCUAAAAGGUUAUUAAUAAUCUGCAUAUACUGCCAUAUCUUGGAAACUAUUGGAAAUGAUGUCCACUUUAAUAUUCUUAAGGAAAAAGAAAAACAAAAAAAAAAUGAAAAUCCUUAAUAGAAAUCUUGAAAUAAAUUAUAUUUAAACAAAAAAAAUAUUGCUUGUAACAAUUGUUCAAGAAACUUGGCAGGGGUAGUAUCAGGGUUUAGAUAACGGGCAUUCCAAUAUUAUCGAGGUAAUCUUUUGGUUCCAUAUUUUAUAUGCUUUCCUCUGAAAUGUUUGUAUGAAUUCCUUAACAACAACAAAUAACAAUGUUGAAGAAUUUCUAUUGCGUAUUGUAUUUGCAUUUACUGUUUUAUUUUAUAAAUAACACCUGUAUCACAUAAAAUUGUAACAACGAGAGGAAGUAUUAUAUUUUCUAUUUCUUGUUCAGUAUUACUUCCAUACAGAUCUCCAUUUCCUCAUCUAUACAUAUUUAUAACAUAUAUACUAUACAUAUAUAUAUACACACACACACACAUAUAUGUAUAAUAUUUAUAAUAUAUAUUUAGAGUAUAUAAAUAUAUAUUUGUUUUCUAUUGUAUAUAUACAUGAUAUGUGUGUGUGUGUAUAUCUAUAUAUAUGUAUCUUGGUUCUAAUUUUGACACAAGGCCAUCAAUUUCAAGAGGAAAAGAUAAGCCAAUACCAUCGACCCCCAGUUCUCAUUGGUUACUCUAUAUUAAAAACCUUGGAGGGUUGGAAGGCAAAGUUGACUUUGGCAGGAUUUGAACUCAGAAUGUAAAGAGCCACAAGAGCAUUUCUUCUGGCUCUUUACUGGUUCUGCCAGCUUGCCUUAAAUAUAUAUUUGACAUUAACACUCACACACAUUUAUGGCUAAUAAAUGCACACACACACACACCCAUUCUCUUACUGCUUUUAGUCAUUGGACUAUAGCCAUGCUGAGGCAACACCUUCAAGGAGUUUUAAUUGAGCAUAUCAGUCCCAAUUUUUAUUUCAGCCAGAAUCUUAUACUUAUUUAUUGAUAUGUAUUUGUCAAGUGUCUAAGAUGCCUUCUCUCUAGCAGUUUUAAUUUUUAAUUGGCUGUGUUACAUUAAACAUAUGCACAAACUUGAUGGGCAUGGACUCAUAUAUAUGCACACAGGAUUCUGCACAAUUUCACUCACAAAGUAUUGGGGCAACUUUGAGCUAUACAUAGAGGCCUUUACCGAAGGUAUCAUGCAGUAUUAUCAUACUCAGAAUCUCUUAGUUGUGAAGUAAAAUUCUUAAUCAUGAGCCAUGCCUGUGCUACAUGUAUAUAAACAUGAUAUUGAAUGUUAGACAUUAUACACAUGUAUAUAUGUGCAUGUGUGCGAUAUAAUAUACAAAACAUAUAUCAUCAUCGUUGUUUUAACAUCAACUUUUCCAAGCUUAUAUGGGAUUUGUUGAGGCAGAUUUACUGUUGCCAGCCCUCACUUGAUUGCAGGCAAGUUAAUAUUUCCUCAAGGAAAUAUUUCAUGUUUCAUGAAAUAUUAGAAACAAAUGACACUGCUUAUAAGAUGGUGACACUUGUUUCAACACAACAUAUACAUAUAUAUGAGAGAGAGUAUGCGUUAAUUGCUAAAUGAGUAGCUGUUUUUCACAUCAUAAUUCAGAUAAGGCUUACAUCAUUUGAAUUGUAUUGUUUCUUGUGGAGACUCAUAAUUAAAAAAAAAAGGGGGGGAAAAUACCUGGUUGGCACUCGUGGUCAAAAGCACAUUUUUAAAAGGUGUUAUAAUAACUUUUAAGUUUAAUUUUGCAAUUUGGUUAAACUUCACUCUCCUUCUGCAUUUCAUAUUGAUGUGUCUAUGUGCACACUCACACUUGUAUAUGCAUGCAUGUGUUUGUGUGUAUAUAUUUAUAUAUAUAUAUAUAUGUAUAAAAACACACACACAUGCAAAUUUGGAUUUUAUUUAUUGCCAUGUGUUUUGCUUUCUUUUGUUCUGUUGGUUUGUUUUGUGUUCCAGGACAGAAACCUCCACAUACCCACAAAAAGAGAAAAAUGCUGGAGGCUGAUUUUUAUUUAUAUAUUUAUUUGCUCUUGAUAUUUAUCAAUUCCAUAUUUUCAUGGAUUUCUUCAUGUUUUUUUUUUUAACUAAUAAUAAUAACAUUAAUAAUGUUGAUGAUGAGGAAAAUAUGAAUUUGAGAAAAGAAAAGAAAAACAAACAAAAAAUGAGUAAAAAAAUGAGAAAGUUAAUUAUUAAGUCAGUGCAUUUUGUAAGGCAAUGGAAACUGAACUAUGUAUUUGAUAGACAUUAAAGCUUGGUUUAGAGAUGAACCUUGUUUUGGCAAAGAAUUUGAUAAAUAAACUGAAAAGUUGCAGCUAUUGACCAAAGCUUAAAGUUUCUUCAUAUCUUAUAUUGAAAAAAAGUAUUGAAAAGACUGCUGAUGGAGAAUUUAUUUCUUGAACUGAUGAGAAGCUUACUUGAUGGUUGUGACCAGUAAAUUUUAUCAUACGUACAUACAUACAUACAUACAUAUAUAUAUACACACACACAUACACACAGUCAGACACUCAAUGUACUAUGUCCUGCUUGGCAAUAAAAAAAAAAAAUGACAAUUAUUCAACUAGAAUUGAUGGAAAAGUU